GGCGGCGGUGGUGCCAUCGCGGAUCCAACGAUGGUGGUGCUUCCGCGAGACUGAUAAGAACGUAAUAUUGUAAAAUGGCCGUCCCGUAUUUUUUUUUCCAAUGACAACACCACAAGCCAACUGUCGAUAAAUGACGACCGCAAUCCACUGCUAAUGUCUGCCAUUGUCAUCAAAACACGCCGCACGUUGUACUCGUUAAGCAGUCAUCGUUGUUGAACGAACCGUACUGCAUACGCGUUUGUCGUCUCUGCCUGCUGCUUCGCACUUUGAAUUUAAAUCAAAAAAAUGUCUCAGUUUCUUGACUCUGAAGCAGAAGAAAGUGAAGAUGAUGAAUUGGAUGAAAUUGACAAGAAAAAAGCUAAAAGAAUUAAAGCAAUGGAAAGUGAUGAUGAUGAUGAUGAAGAUGAUGAAGAUAAAAUACGUGAAGAACUAAAAGAUUUAAUUGAUGACAAUCCAAUUGAAGAAAGUGAUGCAUCUGGUGAUGAAUCAGAUGGUUCUAAGAAAAGGAAAAAAUCAGAUGAUGACUUUGAUGAUCGACUUGAAGAAGAUGAUUAUGAUCUAAUUGAAGAAAAUCUUGGUGUUAAAGUUGAACGAAGGAAACGAUUUAAAAGAUUAAGACGUUUAGAAGAUGAAGAAAGUGAUGAUGAAGGUACUGGUGAAAAUGCUACGGAAGAUCGAGAAGCCAUUGCUAACACCUUAUUUGAUAUGUCUGAUAAUGAAGAAGAAAGAACUUCUGAACGUGCAUCUUCAAGAGCUGAAAGAGUUGAUAAUUAUAAUAUAGAAGGUGAUGAAGAUGGAGAAGAAUAUUCUGAUGAAGAUGAUGAUGGAUUUAUUGUAGAUGAUGAAGGACGACCAAUUAAAGAAAAAAAGAAAAAACGUAAACACAUAUAUCAUGAUGCUGCUCUUCAAGAAGCCCAAGACAUUUUUGGUGUUGAUUUUGAUUAUGAUGAAUUUGAAAAAUAUGAUGAUGAGUAUGAAGACGACGUAUCUGAUGAUGACUACAUAGAAGAUGAAGAUGAUGGCGAAAGAAGACAAAGGCCAAAACCUCAAAAACGUAGAAAAGCUACUAGAAAAUCAAUAUUUGAAAUUUAUGAACCAAUCGAAUUGAAAAGAGGACACUUUACAGAUCUAGACAAUCAAAUUCGUAAUAAUGAUAUACCUGAAAGAAUGCAAUUACGAGAUAUUCCUGUAACACCAGUUCCUGAAGGUUCUGAUGAAUUGGAUGAUGAAGCAGAAUGGAUUUACAAACAAGCAUUUAGCAAGCCUACAAUUACUACACAAGAAAAUAAGGGUGGUGCUGAUCCUCGAGUUCAAUCCAAAAAAGGACCUCAAACUAUUGGAAAAAUUAAAAAAGCGUUAGACUUUAUGCGAAAUCAAAACUUUGAAGUUCCAUUUUUAGCAUAUUACAGGAAAGAGUAUGUUGAACCAGAAUUGGAUAUUAAUGAUUUGUGGAGAGUUUACCAUUUUGAUGCUAAGUGGUGUCAAUUAAAAUCUCGCAAAACUAUGUUACUUGAAUUAUUGCAAAAGAUGCAUGAUUACCAAAUGGAAAUAUAUUCUGUGGAUACAAUUGCUUCUAUACCAGAUCAUAUUCGCGUUAUUAGAGAUGAAGAUAUUGAUAGAUUACGUGCAGUACAAACAAAUGAAGAACUAAAAGAUAUUCAAGGACAAUUCAUGUUGUAUUAUGCUAAUGAUGUACCUGCUAUGCAAGAACAUGCUAGAAAAAAAUCUAAAGAAAUUAAAAAAAAAGCUAGAGAUCUAAAAGAAGAAAGAAGAAAACUUGCAAUAGAAGCUGGUGAAGAAGUACCUGAUGAUGAAGAAGAUACUGAUAAUUUAGAUGAUGAUGGUUCAAAUACUGAAACGGUGAAACCUGCUAGUAGUUCAGGACCGUAUACCAUGUGCAUAAAAGCAGGACUUGCUGGUUUUGCCAAACGUUUUGGUUUAAGACCUGAAUUUUUUGCUUUAAAUGUUCGUGACAAUUACCAAAGACAUGAAGUAGAUCAAGAAUCUGUUGAUCCAUAUAAACUUGCUGGAGAAUACUGCAAUGAAUUAUUAAAAACUUCUGAUGAAGUUCUGAAAGCUGGCAAGUAUAUGGUGGCAUGUCAAAUAUCUCGAGAGCCACUUAUAAGAAAAUGUUUACGGGAGACAUUCUUUGAUCGUGCUAAAAUAAAUAUUGUACCAACCAAAAGAGGUAUUAAAGAAAUUGAUGAAAAUCAUAAUUGUUAUUCAAUGAAAUAUAUUCGACGUAAACCAGUAAGAGAUUUAGUUAGAGAUGACUUCUUAAAAUUACAAAUGGCUGAAGAUGAUAAAUUACUUACUAUUUCAUUUGAUGAAGAAGUAGAUGGCUUAAGUACCCUUCCUUAUAUAGAAGAAGUCAAACAGCUUUAUAUAAGAGAUGAAUUUAGUUCUAAUGUACAACAGUGGAAUGACGUACGACGUGAAUGUGUUGACAUAGCUUAUAGAAAAUUAUUAAUGCCUGAAAUGGUUAAGGAAUUAAGGCGAAAUUUGCUUGCUGAAGCAAAAGAACAUAUACUAAAAGCUUGUAAACAUAAACUAGCUAAUUGGUUAGCUGUGGGUCCAUAUAAACCAGAAAUAGAUGAAGAUGAUGAUGAUUGGGAUGCUAGUAAAGGCAUUAGGGUCAUGGGAUUGGCAUAUUCUCCUGAUCAUGAGCAAGCAUCAUUUGCAUGUAUUUUAUCACCCGAUGGUGAAGUUCAAGAUCAUUUACGUUUGCCAUAUAUUAUGAAAAGAGCAUUUAAUGAUGAUGUAAAAGCAAAAAGAAAUGCUGAUUUUAAUCAUAUAAGAAAUUUUAUGAUUUCUAAAAGACCACAUGUGGUAGUUAUUGGAGCUGAGUCUAGAGAUGCAUUAUGGCUGGUUAGAGAUAUCAAAGCAGUUAUUGAUCAACUAGUUGUUGAUGAACAAUUUCCUCAAAUACAAGUUGAAAUAUUAGAUAACCAUCUUGCUAGGAUUUAUGCCAAUUCUAUCAAAGGAGAGAACGAGUUCAGAGAUUAUCCACAACUUUUACGUGAAGCUAUUUCCUUAGGCCGUAGAAUGCAAGAUCCUUUGGUUGAAUUUUCUCAACUGUGCACAACAGAUGAUGAAAUAUUAUGUCUUCGUUAUCAUCAAUAUCAAGAAUUUUUGGGCCAAGAAGAAUUACUAGAUGGAUUAUACCAAGAAUUUAUAAAUCGAACUAAUGAAGUGGGUGUUGACAUAAAUGAUGUUGUUCAACGUGUUUAUGCGCCCAAUCUUUUACAAUUCGUUUGUGGCUUAGGACCUAGAAAAGCUACUGCACUAAUUAAACUAAUGAAGCAGACUAAUCAACGUUUAGAAAAUAGAACGCAACUGGUUACUUCGUGUCAUAUGGGUCCAAAGAUAUUUAUAAACUGUGCUGGAUUUAUUAAAAUUGAUACAAAUUCUUUGGGUGAUAGUACUGAAGCAUAUGUAGAAGUUUUAGAUGGAUCUAGAGUGCAUCCAGAAACAUAUGAAUGGGCCAGAAAAAUGGCAGUAGAUGCUCUUGAGUAUGAUGAUGAAGAAGCAAAUCCAGCUGGAGCUCUAGAAGAAAUUUUAGAUGCUCCAGAAAGACUUAAAGAUUUAGAUUUAGAUGCAUUUGCUGAAGAAUUAGAAAGACAGGGUUUUGGUAAUAAAAGUAUUACAUUGUAUGAUAUUCGCCAAGAGUUAAAUCACCGUUAUAAAGAUUUAAGAGUAGCAUAUAAACCUCCAAAUCCUGGACAAGUUUUUGAACUACUAACUAAGGAGACUCAAGAAACAUUUUUCGUUGGAAAAAUGGUUCUUGCUACUGUCACUGGAAUUGCACGAAGGAAACCACAAAAUGAUCAGCUUGACAAAGCAAAUCCAGUAAGAAAUGAUGAUACUGGCUUAUGGCAAUGCCCAUUUUGUUUUAAAAAUGACUUCCUUGAAUUAUCUGAUGUAUGGAACCAUUUUGAUGCUGGUGGUUGUCCUGGUCAAGCAUCUGGAAUUCGUAUAAGAUUAGACAAUGGUAUUAGUGGGUUUAUAGCUAUGAAAAAUUUAUCAAAUACUCAUGUAGCUAAUCCUGAAGAUCGAGUUCGUUUUAAUCAAGCUAUACAUUGUCGAAUUAUUAAAAUUGAACCUGAUAGAUUUUCAUUUGAAGCUACAUCGAAAAGUUCUGAUUUAAAAGAUGAAGAACAUCAAUGGCGACCUCAAAAAGAUCCUUAUUAUGAUCAUGACACUGAAAGCAGACAGCGAAAGACUGAAUUAGAUAAGAAUAAAUUAAAAAAUGCCCAGACAUAUAUUAAACGUGUAAUUGUUCAUCCCUGUUUCUAUAAUGUUUCAUUUGGAGAAGCUGUUAAACUAUUGAAUAAUUCUGAUCAAGGGGAUGCUAUUAUUAGACCAUCAAGUAAAGGUGCUGAUCAUUUAACUGUUACAUGGAAAGUAGCAGACAAUGUAUAUCAACAUAUUGACAUACAAGAAAAAGGUAAAGUCAAUGCAUUUUCAUUGGGACGUUCGCUUUGGAUUGGUUCUGAAGAAUUUGAAGACUUGGAUGAAAUUAUUGCACGGCACAUUACUCCAAUGGCUGCCAAUGCAAGGGAAUUAUUAAGAUUCAGGUAUUAUCGGAAUACUGAUGGAGGCAAUAUUGAAAAAGCUGAACAAAUACUCCGUGAAGAAAAAUCUAAUAAUCCUUCAAAAAUUCAUUACAUUGUGUCUGUCUCGCAGAAAUAUGCAGGCAAAUUUCUCUUAUCGUGUUUACCUACUCGUAGAUCAAAACAUGAAUACAUUACUGUUACACCAGAUGGUUAUCGUUUUCGUAGCCAAAAUUUUGAUUCUAUUGGAUCAUUAUUCCGAUGGUAUAAAGAACAUUUCCGAGAUGCAACACCUCAUGUGACACCAGUUGCUUCCCGUUCAGCAGGGCAAACAUAUGGGCCCUCUCCACAUACAGAGCCCUCACCAAUGAAUCGCAGUCAUAGUAGUCACUCAAAUACCACACCUCAAUAUUCACAAUCUCCUCAUGCAUCAUAUAAUAAUAUGCAACAAUCUGCUUAUAACACUCCCUAUACGCCAUCAGGACAGACUCCUUACAUGGGAAAUUAUACUACUCCUCGUUACAGUACUACUCAAGCACCUGUUCAUGAUGGUGUAUUUCUUCAUCCUAGUUCUCUCACACCCAUUGUUCAAAGUAGUCCUAGGCCUUCUGUCCCUAGACCACCUGUACCAUCAGCAGAUCCAAGUGAUUGGAGACGUAUGGCUGAAGAAUGGGCUAAAGCUGCUAAACAACGAGGAGAAGGAUAUUCUACACCAAUGUCUGAUGGAGGACGACAUACACCUCGCAACAGGUAUAAUAACCAUCGUUAUAGCAUGAACAGAGAAAGGGAAACUAGCACUCCACGAAGUGAUGCUCCUUCACCUACCCCAAGUGCCUCAUCAUAUGGAUAUCACUCUCCCGCACCAUCAAAGAACUAUAAAAAUAAUUACACAACUUCUACCCAUCAUUCAACCAAAUCACCACGAGGUCCAUCCUCUAAUUCUGGAACGCCUUAUGAUCCUUUUACAAUGGAUCCUGGAGAGGAGUCACCUGGUAUUUAUGCAUCCUCAUCACGUUCUGGACGCAAUGAUGAAAAUAUUUCAGAUAUGAGGUAUGCAUCACCUGGCUCAAGAUGGACACCAAGAUCUGGUCGUUCAACUCCACAUACCAUCAAUAGCCCUAGAUCAAUGAUUGAAUCUUCUAUGGGUGAUAACACGCCACUGUAUGAAGACUCGUAAAUUGAUAAAUAAUAAUUUCAUUUUUAUUUUUGUACCUAAUUCAGUUCAAAAUUUAAGGUUUUUAUUUCAUAUUAGGAUUUCAUACAACAUCAAAAAUUAAAUUUGAUGUUUAUACUUUGAUCCUAGAAUUGUUAUUUUGAACUGAUCGCAUUAAAUAUAAGAUAUAAUCUUUUUUUUUUCAUAUAUUUCAUAAUAAAAAUAUAAAAAAGU